AUGCUCUCUCGCAUUGUCCUUCUCUCUUUGCUUGGUGCGGUGUCACAACCCGCCUUUGCUGCUGUCCGCAAGUACCAGUUCGAUAUCAAGAACGUCAAGGUUUCUCCCGAUGGCUUUGAGCGCUCUAUCGUCUCUGUUAACGGCCAGGUGCCUGGUACAUUGAUCACGGCCAACAAGGGUGAUAGGCUACAUGUGAAUGUCACAAACCUGCUCACUGACCCCUCGAUGCGUCGUGCUACGACAAUUCAUUGGCAUGGGCUGUUCCAAGCUACUACCGCUGACGAGGAUGGUCCUGCAUUUGUCACCCAAUGCCCUAUCGCACAGAACUUGUCCUACACGUACCAGAUCCCACUUAAUGAUCAAACGGGAACUAUGUGGUAUCACGCCCAUCUUGCGAGCCAGUACGUGGAUGGAUUGCGGGGUCCUUUGGUCAUCUAUGAUCCAGAUGACCCACACAAAUCACUCUACGAUGUGGACGAUGCUAGCACUGUGGUUAUGCUUGAAGAUUGGUAUCACACUCCAGCGCCGACGCUAGAACAUCAGAUGUUUUCAGUUGACAAUACUGCUUUGCUGUCUCCUGUUCCGGACUCAGGCCUUAUUAAUGGUAAGGGCCGCUACGUGGGUGGGCCCGAAGUGCCUCGGUCGGUGAUCAACGUAACCCGUGGGAAACGAUACCGCUUGCGUGUGAUUAAUGCGUCUGCAAUUGGUUCAUUCACUUUUUCGAUUGAAGGACACCGUUUGACCGUCAUUGAGGCCGAUGGAAUCCCACACGAACCUUUGGUCGUUGAUAGUUUCCAGAUUUAUGCCGGGCAGCGUUAUUCCGUCAUUGUCGAAGCAAACCAGACUGCUGCAAACUACUGGAUUCGUGCUCCGAUGACAGUCGCAGGUGCUGGCACCAACACCAACCUCGACCCUACCAACGUCUUUGCUGUGUUGCACUAUGAAGGAGCACCCAACGCCGAGCCCACGACUGAGCAAGGCACCGCGAUUGGAACUGCGCUUGUUGAAGAAAACUUGCAUGCGCUCAUCAACCCCGGUGUUCCGGGUGGUUCUGCCCCAGCUGACGUCAGCCUCAACCUUGCAAUCGGAAGGUCUACCGUCGAUGGCAUUCUUAGGUUCACUUUCAACAAUAUCAAGUAUGAGGCACCGUCGCUUCCUACGUUGUUGAAGAUCCUGGCCAACGGCGCGAGCAACAACGCCGAUUUUGCUACCAGCGAACACACCAUCGUACUACCCCAUAACAAAAUUAUCGAACUCAAUAUUACUGGAGGCGCAGACCACCCCAUUCAUCUCCACGGGCAUGUAUUUGAUGUUGUCAAAUCCCUCGGCGGUACUCCAAACUACGUGAACCCUCCUCGCAGGGAUGUCGUCCGCGUUGGAGGCACAGGCGUUAUCCUUCGUUUCAAGACCGAUAACCCUGGCCCUUGGUUCGUUCACUGCCACAUCGACUGGCACUUGGAAGCCGGCCUUGCGCUCGUCUUCGCCGAGGCUCCCGACCAAAUUCGCCAGGGACCGCAGUCCGUCAAUACUAAUGGCCCUUGGAAUCAGCUCUGCCCCAAGUACGCAGCACUCCCUCCCGAUCUGCAGUAA